CCUCCGGCAGUCCGGCCACUCCCAAAUCCAGUCCGUCUCCGCCCGCAGCGGCAAGGCGCCAGCGCCUGCGCCCCCCGGACCGGGCUUCCUCUACGGUGCCUCCCCUCCCCUCCGGGUCUCCAUCUGCCGCUGCCUCCAUUCCCAGUCCCUGUGCCUGCGCUCCUACAAAAUCAUCUCCGAGUUGAGCAGUCCAAGCAAAUCAGAUGGCUACACCAGGACCAGUACAGGAAAACCUGAUGCUGGAGCCCAAUAAGCCACGGGUCCUCCUUGCUACUUCAGGAAGUGUAGCUGCUAUAAAAUUUGAGAGCCUCUGUCGUAUCUUCUCUGAGUGGGCGGAAGUCCGAGCUGUGGCAACCAAGUCAGCAUUGCACUUUGUUCAUAGAUCAUCUCUGCCCAGUGACGUCAUUCUUUACACUGAUGAUGAUGAAUGGUCUAGCUGGAAGAAGAUAGGGGACGAGGUUCUACACAUAGAACUGAGGAAGUGGGCAGAUAUCAUGGUGAUUGCUCCAUUAUCAGCAAAUACGCUGGGCAAGAUUGCUGGUGGGUUAUGUGACAACCUCUUGACAUGCAUAGUGCGAGCGUGGGACUACAAGAAACCACUCUUUGUCGCACCAGCCAUGAACACCUUCAUGUGGAGCAACCCGUUCACAGGGCGCCAUAUCGAGAUAAUCAACCAACUCGGCAUAUCUUUGGUCCCACCCAUCACGAAAAGGCUGGCCUGUGGGGACUACGGGAACGGCGCAAUGGCUGAGCCUUCGCAGAUCCAUACGACCGUGAGGCUCGCAUGCAAGGCACAAACAUUUGGUACAGGCAGUCCAUGUGUGAUGCCUUCCAGCAGCAAUCCUGUCUAGCUGAUGCGAUGAUAGAUAUGUUCCAAGUGUUGAGCUUGGUACACCCCCCAUCUGGGUGUAAGAAGUGAAGAGUUAUCAGAUUUUUACUAGUGGUGUCUGUAUCAGUGAACAUGCAGUACCUAUGGAUCUGCAUAUUUAUUUGUGAGAUGUUAGGUCAUAGAGAUUGGGGAAAUGUUGUUGUUGUUCCAGCAUAAAUGUUCCGUGUUGUUAGUAGUGAUGAAUCUACUUCCAUUAUAUCAGUAGUUCUAAAUUUCACUA